AUGCUGCCUAGUGAGUGGAUUGGAGGUCCUGCAUGUUACCUGAUCCCAUUCCACCUCGGCAGCUGCCAGGACAUCCUGGCCACCCCCCUGGCCCCCCCACCCCCCGCUGCUGCCACGCUGCUGGAGGCAGCGGCGACGCACACCGCGGCCACCACGGCCGCGGCCGCUGAGCACCUGGAGACGCUGGCCAACGCCGGGCUGGGCAGCGGCGGGCUGCAGCAGGCCGCGGGGCACCAGAGUGAGGCCGGGCAGGCGCUCGCAGAGCUAGCGGCUGCCAACCAGGCCUCCAGCAUCCUGGCCGCCAACGCCGCGGCCUCCCCGCCCCCGCCCGACGCGCAGCGCACACCCGCGCCGCGCCUGCCCCGCUUCUACGACAAGCCUCUGUACACCGACAAGCUGCGCUACGACCCCAACCCCCCCAAGGUCGACCGCAAGGCCCUGGAGCACAAGCUGACUCGCGAGCAGGCGUACAACCGCACGGAGUUCAUGGGCCACCGGAUAUACCAGGGCGCCGAGGAACCAGAGGAGCCACUGCAGCUCAAGUACUCCUCGCACGAGGUGCUGGCUGAGGGAUCAGGGUGCAUAGGGGUGGUGUACGAGCACCGCGUCUGCACCUUUUACGACCUGGUGCUAUGGGCUGGCCGCAUGCACUACAUCUCGCCGGACCCUGAGGCUGCCCGCGCCUCCAUCCCCGACGUCCAGCUCACCUACAUCGCCAGCGACCCCUUCCGUCUGGGCACCAACCUCACCUCCCGCCUGCUGGUGACCAGCCCCGACAACCUGACUGCCCUGCUGGCGGCGGACGGCGGGGACGAGUGGGGCACCGUGCCAAAGAUGGAGGUGGAGCAGAGCCUGCUCAUCAACCUGGCGUACUGGAACAACUAUGGACACCUGCUGGGCGAGCUGGGACCCGUGGUGCACAACACCAUGUGCACCUACAUGGGCCUUUGCACCCACCAGCAAGUGGCAGGCACGGACCUGCAGCUGUGGCUGUACAACGAGCUGCCGACGGUGGAGACCACGAUGCCGGCCGCGGCGCAGCAGGAGCUGUGGCCCUGCUUCUCGCGCUACCCGCUCCUGCGUCUGCUGGACGGGCGGCUUAAUCACACCGCGGUGGUCCUGCGCCGCGCGGUGGCGGGGGUGGGGUCCACCUGCCGCGCCUUCCCCUGGUGCCGGCCGCGGUACAACCGCAUGCCGCCCCUCCCCGGCAUCGUGCGCGGGUGGAAGGAGAGGAUGCACCGCUGCCUGGGCCUGCCCCUGGACCGCGUGAGCAACCACACCCACCCCCGCAUCGUCUUCAUCAACCGCCCGCUGGGCCAUGGCCGUGCCUUCAUCAACAUGGAGGAGACGGUGCAGCGCCUGCAGGUCUCGAGGGUGGCGACGCUGGAGGACGAGUCGCUGCGAAGCCAGGCGGCCAAGUACGCGGCCAGCGACAUCGUGGUGCAGAUGCACGGCGCUGCGCUGGGCAACGUCUUCUUCAUGCCACGCGGCGCGGUGUACGUGGACGUCGUGCCGGAGCUGAACGAGGACAAGCACGCCUGGGCCUACUUCAUGCUCAAGGACUACGCGGCGCUGGGCAUCAACCCCAUCGCGCUGCCGCCGCAGCGGGUGGAGCUCAUGGAGUACACCAUCAACAAGACCAUGCGCGGGCACCUCAACACUCUGACCAAGACGCAGAGGAGGGCGCUCUUCGAGGACCACAGGUGCCCCGAGCCGGGCACGGUGUUCUGGGACGUCUACUCCAUCUGUGUCAUCGAGUGGUUCAUGAAGCGCAGCAACUGCUACCUGGACUAUGCCGACCUCAAGCCUGCGAUCGACCAGGCGGUGAACCACAUGCAGCUGUGGCGGCACAAGCUGGACUCGGCCUACACCAUCAACGCCUACGACCUAACGGAUCUGCAGCCGGAUCGGGACCUGCUGGACCUCAUCUGA